AUGACAAUGGGUGAUGAAUUACCUGUCACUUCUUUAGUUUUACCUGUUCUUAUACGCCCUGUUCUGACUCAGUUAGAAAAAUAUAUGACUUGGGAGCCUCACAAACAUUGCGAGCUGCUCUUACCAAGGCUGAAGCUGCUGUACCAGGACUUAACUAUGAUCUGGUCGCUGGGGACACUCACUGAUGCUGAAUGCGUAGACCUUAAAUUGAACAGAUCAGAAGAAGCUUUUCAAGAAUUAAACAAGAAAUCUGCCUCACUGAAGAAAAUUCUCAGUAGGAUUCCCGAUGAGAUUACAGACCGGAAAACAUUCCUUGAAAAACUAUCAAGGAAAUAG